AGUAGGAAAGAAGAUCCCCAAAGAUCAAUUUGCGUUUAUUUUGGGGGUUUCUGGAAAUAUUAGUUUUAAGCCGACAAUGUGACGUGUAAAGUGGCGCCAAGUGGAUUAUGAUCAGCAUGGAACUUCAGCCGACGUCGGUGCACAUGGCGCACCUAAACACCGCGCAACAGGGAGCCGCAGUAUCGGCUCCACAUCACCUACAUCAUCCCCAUUCGCAGCACCCUCAUAUGCAGCCACAGCAGGGCCAACCUGCAGAUGGUAUAAUGCAACAAAUUCAUCAACCUAUGCAGCAGGAAGACAAACCAAAGAAAGAAGUUCACUCCGUACAGGGAUCCAUGGGAAGUGGUGGAGAUGGUCACGGGGGAGUCAAUCAGCUUGGUGGAGUUUUUGUGAAUGGACGCCCCCUACCCGAUGUUGUUAGACAACGAAUAGUUGAACUUGCACACAACGGAGUUCGACCCUGUGAUAUUUCACGCCAACUGAGGGUCAGUCACGGCUGUGUUUCCAAAAUUCUGUCCAGAUACUACGAGACGGGCAGCUUCAAGGCAGGAGUGAUUGGUGGAUCAAAGCCCAAAGUAGCAACACCGCCUGUUGUGGACGCUAUUGCCAACUACAAACGCGAAAAUCCCACCAUGUUUGCGUGGGAGAUCCGGGAUAGAUUGCUAGCUGAGGGAAUCUGCUCUCAGGACAACGUUCCCAGUGUAUCAUCAAUCAACCGAAUUGUAAGGAAUAAGGCUGCCGAAAAGGCGAAACAUGUUCAUCAUCAGCAAACAAAUCAACAAACGACGCCAAGUGGCGCCACAUCGACAAGCGGAACAGCGAGUGCGACAACAAAUGUUUCCGUGAUCACGCACGCGACUUCCGCCAUUAUACAACCCCAGACACCGGGCUCAAUGGCAGCCAAUGGGCAGCAGGAUCGCUCAUCUGGGUACAGCAUUAAUGGGAUCCUCGGGAUCCAACAUACGACAGACCCCAACGGCAAUAGUAUCAAGAGGAAAAGAAUGGAUGAUCACGAUGAGAAUCGGGAUAUCAACAUGCAUAGCGCUGCAUCGGAUGAGGAUCUCAAACGGCAUCGACUCCACUACAAUGGGGAGCAGCUGUAUACAAAUCAGAUAUGGUCCGGGAAAUGGUGCAUUAAGGAUGAGCACAAGUUAUUGUCGGAACUAGGUAAUACGGGUGGUGGGACACAAGCAAAUGGAUCUGGUGGGACAGGCAAUAGUUACUAUGAAGGACAUGGAAGUUUUCCCAAUACCAGCUCCGAUACCGUCCUCUACGAUACCAUAACGACCAUUACCCAAGCUCAGAGUUCACUCUACACCCCCUCAAUUGGAGCUACAAUUGCCAAUUCAAUUACCCCCUUGGCCCCAAUUGCAAUGCAAGAAAUGAAACUCAGUGCUGGGAAUCUCAUUGAUCCCUCCAUGUCACCCUAUCAGAUCUCAGUCACAAUCGGACAAUUUCUCAGCACGCACUUAGAGCACACAGUGUGGAUUCUAGGGGUCACCAUUCGACUCUCAUCUUACCCACAAAAAAAAAUUCAUCCCAUCCCGAUAAAUGCAGCAAAUCAAGAUGGCGCGGGUGUUGUCCAUCAAUUCGGACCCUUGGGUCACAUUGGAGUUGUUAUGAGCAGUGAAACAGCCGGUAAUGCAUCCCCAGAUCUCCCAAUGACCCUCGUUGCUCCUGAGGGUCAGGACAAUUGUUCACCGGCAAAUACAAAUGGCCAGAGUCAGGAACCAGACGAUCAUGAUUCCUCCCUCAUCGUCUUGCAACCCACAACCCCAGGCUACUCAACGAUGCUUCCCAGUUUCACGCACUAUCCCCAAGGAGCAGCUGCUUCAGUAGUACCAAGUUCUGACUACGCAUACAGCUCAUCUGCCGCUUAUCAGCAAUAUGGCGGAGCGCCGUAUUCGUCCUAUACUUAUGGUUCUAGUGCACCUGGGGGACUUCUUAGUAAAUGAAGGGAGAAAUUCUACGUUCUAGCCCUUGUCUCUCGCUGCAGAUAUCGUCCAACGACAUCCUCGACAACGACAAUGGCGCCCAUCGACGCUCAAUACUCGGAUGGAAUCUCAAGGAAUCAGAGGCAUCCUGUGGACCUCUUGAGCAAUUCUCUGCAAAACGCAUCGAUAGUUUAGUUUUAUUUUAUUAUUAUUAUUAUUUACUUAAUGAAUACUUAUUAUUUUAUAUUAUAUAUACUGCAUUAUUGUUUAAGAAUGAAAGGGGGAGUGAGACAUGUCAUUCGCUUUAGAGCAUAUCGGAGACCAGAUGCAUUUCGACGCCUUUUCGCGGUUAAUUAAAGAAAAAUAAAUAAAAUAAAUAAACUCUCAAAUUUUUCUUGAGAUCUAACAUAAAAAAUAUUUCACUAUUUUAUACUCAAGUGUGAAACUUACAAAGAAUCAAACAAGAACUUUUGUGAAGCACAAUUCCUUUUUCUCAAUACCGCUGAGAACAUUGAAACUCAAUAUAUAAUUUAUAAUAUAAAAUGUAAUUUUUUUUCUCAAUAACACCAAAGCUAUCGAUAUUUUUUUAAUGUUAAUCUUUAAUUAGUUUUUAAGGGGAUUUAUUUAUUUUUGAUUUACAAUCUUUUUUUUAAUGAGAUUGAAAGGCAAUUUGAGAAAAGCAAAAAAAAAAAGGAGAUGAUUGCAAUCUCAUGUGAAUAGAAAAUAUUAUUAAUAAUUUAAUUAAAUAGCUUUUAGAUAUUUUUUUUCUUUUAGAAUCACAUCAAUUCUGUGCAGCUUAAGUUCUAAAAAAAAACGAAAAGAAAAGAAAUGGAACCCAACCAAUUUUCACAUGAGAAUACAUAAUUUAAAGAAAGAAAAAAUCUUGUGCGAAUGAUUUCUCAACCAAAGAAGCAUGCAAUUUUAUAAUUUAAAAAAAAAAGAAACAAGUAAAAAGACAAAUCUUAAAGUUAAAAGUGAUUAUUGUUCUCUCAAAGAUAAAAUCUGCGCGUAAAAAAAAACCAAAAUGCACUGCAAGAGAGCCUCUUUGUGUUAAGAAUAAUUUUUAUAUGUUUAAAAAUUUCUAUAUUUUUUUAUAUAAUUAUUAUUUUAGUCUUUUUUUUUUAAUCUACCUUUGCUAUUUAAGUAAUAAUUGAAAACCAUUGUAAACUCAAAACAAAAUGGUAUUAAAUUAAAAAAACCCACGAAGCCAAGACUAAAAAACCAAAAUAUUUAACAAAGCGAGUCUUCAUGAGAUUUGAUGCCAAAGAUUGAGCAAUAGUGGGAGAGUCUUGGCAUCGCAGUGCUAAAAAAAAGAAAAACAAAACUAAAGAGAAAAGAAUAAAAAAAAAUACAAGAAAUUGGCAUUUGAAAGAAAAAAGAAAAAUUUUUAAAAAGUCCGUAGAAAUUGAGAGAAAGAAAAAAAUAUCAAUUAAGAAUUCACACCACAAAACUGGUUUAGAAACGAUUUAAAGGUAAAGAAAAAUUUUCUAUUUAAUACAAUUUUACUUUAACAAAGAAAAAAAAGACAAGAAAACAAGAAAAACUGAAAGAAAACUGAUAAAAGUAAAACUUAGAAAAGAGAUAGAACCCAAGAAAUUAUUAUGUAAGAAAAAUCCCAUUGAUUAUAUAUAUUGUAUAUUUAUUAAAAACAAAUUCUCACUGUC